AUGCGUUCAUCUCUUGCGUUAACGGCCUUGCUAGUUGGCGCUUCCCAAGGAGCACCCCAUGCCUCUAUCAACAAUGAGAAAAUUGAUCUCAACACACUUGCUCAACAUCGGGAAAAACUAUGGUUUGGCUCAGCAGCCGAUAUUCCUGGAACUGCUGAAACCACUGAUGCUGCUUAUCUCAAAGUGCUGAAGAGCAACUUUGGUGAAGUCACGCCCGCCAACGCCAUGAAGUUUAUGUAUACCGAGCCAGAGCAGAACGUAUUCAACUUUACCGAAGGCGACCAAUUCCUAGAGGUCGCAGAGAGCUUCGGCGCCAAAGUCCGAUGCCAUAAUCUUGUCUGGGCCAGCCAGCUGUCUGACUUCGUCACAUCCACGACCUGGACGGCCGAAACCCUCACUGCUGUGAUGAAGAAUCACAUUUUCAAGACCGUUCAGCACUUUGGUCGGCGCUGCUACUCGUGGGAUGUGGUUAACGAGGCUCUCAACUCGGACGGCUCCUUCUCCUCGAGUGUCUGGUACGACACCAUUGGCGAUGACUACUUCUAUCUCGCAUAUCACUAUGCGCAACUGGCAUUGGCAGAGAUCGGCGCAGAUGAUGUGAAGCUGUACUACAACGACUACGGUAUCGAGAACCCCGGUACCAAAGCCACUGCCGUCCUGCAGCUCGUCAAUAAUUUGCGGGAGCGUGGUAUCCGAAUUGAUGGUAUCGGGCUGGAAUCGCACUUUAUCGUGGGCGAGACUCCUUCUCUUGCCGACCAACUUGCUACAAAGCAGGCUUACAUCAAGGCUAAUCUCGAUGUGGCUGUCACGGAACUUGAUAUUCGUUUCUCGGCUGCGCCGUUUUACUCGGCCGCUGGUCAGAAGCAGCAAGCGGAGGACUACUACACCAGCGUUACAAGCUGCGUAAAUGCUGGUCCUCGCUGCAUUGGUGUGACUGUUUGGGACUUUGACGAUGCGUACUCUUGGGUUCCUGGUACCUUUGCUGGACAGGGCGGUGCCUGUUUGUUCAACGAUACUCUUGAGGCGAAGCCGGCGUACUACGCUGUUGCUCAGGCUCUCGAGGGGCAAACGCUUUCAGUGUAA